UUUACCUGGGGAAUUGGAAAUGCAGUCGAUGGAAGAUUCCUCCAUCAUAUCAGGAUUACAUGAUAAUGAACGUACAUCCUUGUUCUGGAGGAAUUUGUUAGAGGGGAGGCACUCAAGGAGGAAAUAUUUGUCUAACCCCUCCCAGAGGGUUAGAAAACAACAUUGUUUACUGGAUGGCUUGCACGAAUCUUCCGAAAGGGAUGAAGAGGGGAUACCGAAAGCAGAUGCUGGUACGGUUCCAGAUUCUUGUCAGUUCCAAACAGGGAUACAAGCAGAUGGAAUUGAAGCAAAUGGUACCGGUACUAAAACGACAAUCACAAACAAUGAACAAGAUCAAAUAAAUUGUGUAGAUGCACAUUCUUGUCAGUUCCAAGCUCCAAAGUCAUUUCCCAUAGAAGAUUCAAAUCAACCACUGGCUUCUUCAGUCCAACAAUCUGCAGGAAAUUUAUCAAUACCCCUCUCAGCUGUGCAAGCAGAUGGAAUGGAGACAAAUGGUACUACCCCAAGAAGCAUAAACAAUCAAGAAGAUUUUGGAAAUAAUAAUCCUAUUGAGUCCUCAGGCAUAGCUGAUGUUCCACAGUCACAUUUCUUAGACCCUCUUCAAAGAGAAAUGAAUAAGAUACAGAAAGAGAGAGAGCAAACUAUGAAAUUGCAUGAAGAUUUGAAAUUGCUUCUGAGAUCUGAGCUUGAGAAAGAGAUACUUGAGAUACGGAAGAAGUAUGACUUGCUGCUUCAAGAUGUGGAGAUGGAAAUUGUACAAAAGCUAAAGGAGUGUGAUGGAUGUUAUGACAGAUUACAUUUAAACAAGUUAUUGGCUGAAUUCGUGAUUGAGAAGGGAAAUGUCAAUUCUACAUCUAAUUCACAAGAGAUGGAGAAAGUUCCUACAGAAUCAUUGGCAAGCCAACCGGUUAUUGAUUCACCAUUGAAUCCAUCAUCAGAUAUAAUGAGGGCUCCUACUACAAAUCCAAAACAUGUGAAUUCAGAUCAUGCAAUGAAUCACCCAUCAGCUGUUCAGCAUACUGCCAAUCUGCAAAUAUCAUCUGUGGGCUUGCCAAGGAGUGGCACAUUGUUACAAUCUGUGGUUCCUCAAAGAGCUGGUCAUCCAUUAUCGUCAGUACCCUUGCAAUUUAGCGGGAAAAAUCCUCUAUUAUCAGUCAAGUCAGAGUUAUCUGCAGGUCCUCAAACUUCUCCUCAAGUAACACCAGUAAGUUUGCCAGCAGUUGGGGCAACAUCUCCAAAUCCUGAAUUGGCUGCCACUAUAGAGUCAUUUGCAAACCUGCAACCAGAACUACAUUUGGCCAGCCAGGGAACGGAUGCUCCAUGUGCGACUUCAACACUGCCAGAACAAUUGGUAACACCAACAUCAUAUUAUCCCAGACCAUUUUCUUGUAUUACAGCUACGAGUUUUUCGGGGAGCCUUCAAGUAGGGUGUGAAAUCAGAGCCCCCGCUCCACAUCUAAGACACUUGAGACCAACUGCAGCUAUUUUGAGAUCAGUCCCAGAUAGUAUCAACUUUUAGGGUCAUUGGAUGAUCAAACCAUCUAAAAGAGUUAGUUUAGGCAGAGCAGAGGGUCCUUUUGCUUUUACAUAUAUACGAAUGAUCUUUCAGUAUUUUGGAAUGUUAUGCUGG